ACUGGGAGUGGGUUUUUUGUUGUUUUGUUUAAAUGAAUGGCGUCACCUGGUGUCUCAGAUAUCAUACUGUGUACUUGGUGUGGUGGGGAAUUCAGAAACUCCUCCCACGGACUCAGUAGCCCUAUUUAGGUGAAACCAAGUUACACCUUAGAACUAUAUGAGACUUCACCUGACCUGUAACACUAUCACCACACCAGCACUAUCAGCUCAAGUAAGCAGAGACCAUGUCAGGAUCAGAUGGUUUUCCAGCCAGUUAUUAUGGUGAGCCUGGAGUCUUGGGGAUGUUGUCCAAUGGCAUUAGUGCUUUCCUUCUGCUUCUACAAAACUUCAAUAUAGCCAGAACUGGCAUCUCACCAACCGGGGUGGAAAACGUGCUUGCAGGUGUUCAGCUGAUCAUCAUUGGUGGCAUCUGUCAGGUGGUGGCUGGAGUGCUUUCCUUCCGAAAAUAUGACCAUCUUAGUAGCACAGCCUUCAUUGGUUACGCCGCCCUUUGGAUCAGCUAUGGCGUUACCAAAAUCUAUUAUGGUUCUAUUACUCCUAAUCAGUUCACUAAUCCCAUAUUUCUACCCACUGUUGUUGACAACAACUCAAUCUCAUUUAUUAAUACAACAGGGGACAACACUUCCCAAUCACUGUUUAUCAACAAUCCUACAAGAGGCCAUUAUUUAGAAGAAUCAGCUAUCUCUGGCCUCAUUGCUUACAUCAUAUUGUCCUUUCUUCUAGCUUUUUGCUCUGCCACUGUUAAUUACGUCAUGCCAUUCGUUUUUGGGGCAAUUACGCUCACGCUUAUAUUUGAAGCCAUCACUCUUGUUUCUGGUCCCUGGGCCAUGGUAAUCUCUGGCAUACUUGAGCUUCUUAUUUUGAUUUUUGCCAUUUAUGGCUCAGCUGCCCUGCUUUUGAAAGGCCUCACCCAGCGUCUUGUCUUAAAAGGUUUUGGUACACCCCUUUUUAACGUCCUCCUACUGGGCACUGCCAGUUCUGCCAAGGCUCAAAAAAUUGGUCAAGAAAAGAAGAAAAACACAAAAUACGCUGAACCAAUGGCUUUAGGUUUUUUCUGUGAUACCAUUUCUUCAUUUAUCUUUAUUUUUUACAGUUUUGGCUAUUUUACGUUUUUUGGUCUUGGAGCUCUAUGGGUCACUAUAAUCUCAGGUGCUCAGCUGUUCUCAAGUUACUAUUCCUGUCUACGCCAAGACUCUUACCACGCUACAAAAUUUGGGGUACAUGCAACAUACUGGAUUAUCAAUGCAUGGGAAGAGUUUGAGGCAUCUUCAAUGUUAAGCAGUGACAAUGUGACUAAAGGGAGAGAUGCACUGAUUGGUGACUAUUUCAUUAUUUUGCUCUCUUUGGUGAUAUGUGUUGGAGGUCUGAACACAGAUUGGCUUGAACUGGUUCACAAUCUGCUGUUUUCAUUGGUCACUGUCUCGACCAUCCCUCAAAUCCCCCUUCAGGUGUAUUACAUUUUCUUUGGUAUAACAUGUUGUCUAUUCACUGCGAUUUCUCUAUAUGGCACCUUUGCACGACUAAUCAACACCAUAGCUGAGAAGUCCCUCAUCCCUGUAGGCCCACAGCCUGUUUCCACCAAACGUUUUAUCCAAACUUUGAACUGCCGGAAGAAUAAGGAGAUUCCGUGUAAUACAUGCCACACAUCUGAUCCCCUCUUCUAUCUUGCAAAUGGACUUGCAAGUUUCUCAGUUACCAAUAUAAGUAUGAACACCGCAAAUCCCUUCUUCAACACCCUCACAGUCCCUUGGGUCCUCAUCCCAGGAACAGUGAUUCAAUUCUACAUCAGUCGAUUACGAAGUCAGAGUGGCCGUUUAGGAUCAGUCAUCUCAACUGUCUAUAUUGCUCUGUGGACUACUUUCACAUGGUUUCGACUUACAGCUACAGAUUGGUAUUCUUCACAUGCUGUCUAUGGAUUUACAGCAGGGGGCAUUGCACUGUUGGUUAUCAAUGUAUUUCUUGUAAUCCUUGCUUCCUUUAGGAACCUGGUAUUGAUGUUUAUGCUAAUUGUUAAGGAGAUGAUAUUGGUCUGCUUCCUGCUUUCCACAUUAAAAGCGCUCCCAUACCAGCUUGAAGUGUCUAUGCUUGUUACUUUCUCUGCAAUUGCUCUUUAUGGGACUCUGGCAUCAUUAGUUAAUUGCAUCUUAUCAAAACAAGUGCUCUCUCUGGGUCCUGCUAUAUUUAAGGAGGUUAAAAAGGAGGCAACCCCAGCCGUCCAAUGUCCUGUGGCAGACUCCAGAUUCACCAGUGGUCUGAUGAAGAUCGCAGCUAUUUUAGAGGAGGGAGGGGUGUGUGGUAUUCCUACUGACACAGUGUAUGCAUUGGCUGCAUCCUGCAAGAAGCCAGAAGCCAUAGAAAAAAUCUACAAUAUCAAAGACAGACCAGCCGAAAAGCCCAUCUGUAUUUGCAUUUCGCAUGUGGAUCAGUUGGUAGCAGCGAGGCCACCUUUCAGUCCGCUGCUCUGGGAGUUCAUGAGAAACGUGUAUCCAGGAGGCAUCAGCUGCAUAGUCAGUAAAGGAGAAUGGCUUUUUAAACUAGGAGUGGGACCAGCCUAUGAGCGAGUAGGAACCAAAGACAGCAUUAUGAUCCGAGUGCCUGACCACACAGUGACAAGGCAUCUAUGUGACCUCACUGGACCCCUCGCCAUCACCUCGGCCAAUCCCAGUGGAGAGACAGACAGCACCCACCAUAGCAUGGUCAUCAGUCGACUGGGAAAUAAGCUGCAAGGUGUCCUCUGUGAUGGAGACUCUGAUGAAGUGGUUGCAUCCACCAUUGUCAACUGUCUGAACAUAGAUGAUGGAACCAUCAGUAUUGUGAGGGAGGGGUGUGUACCAGCAGCUAAAGUCCUCCAGAUCUUUGAAAGAGUCAAAGCUAACAUGCUGUGA